UGAGCAGAGAGCUCUACCAGCCGAGACUAUCCUCAUUCAGUGUCUGUGAGACAGGGAAGACGUGGAGGAAUCAUCCGCACAAACUGACAGCCAUGGCGAAAGUCGCUGUCUCUUUUUUGCUGUUUUGGCUCGUCUGUGGCCCAUGCUGUGCCCUCGGCGGAAAAGUCAACAAGCACAAACCGUGGAUAGAAGCCUCUUACCAUGGCGUGAUCACAGAGAACAUGGACACCGUGCUGCUGGACCCUCCGCUUGUCGCUCUCGAUAAGGAUGCCCCGGUUCCAUUUGCAGGGGAAAUUUGUGCCUUUAAGAUUUAUGGUCAGGAGGCUCCAUUCGAGGCAGUGGUGUUGAAUCGCACGUCAGGAGAAGGCGUACUGAGAGCCAGCGGCCCUGUGGACUGUGAGAGCCAGAAGGAAUACACAUUUAUUAUCCAGGCCUAUGACUGCGGAGCUGGACCCAGUGGGGCUGACUGGAAGAAAUCCCACAAGGCUGUGGUUCACAUUCAGGUGGAUGACGUCAAUGAGUUCUGCCCAGUGUUUCGGGAGCCUCUAUAUAAGGCUUCAGUCGUUGAAGGCAAGAUCUAUGACAGCAUUUUGCAGGUGGAGGCUUGGGACCAGGACUGUUCUCCACAAUACAGUCAGAUCUGCAACUAUGAAAUUGUGACAGCAGGCACACCAUUUGCCAUUGACCGCAAUGGUAACAUCAGAAACACGGAGCGGCUGAGCUAUGACAAGCAGCAAAGCUACAAGAUUAUGGUUACAGCAUUUGACUGCGGCCAAAAGAGAGCAAAGGAGGACGUGGCUGUGCAUAUUGAUGUCAAGCCUGUCUGCAAACCUGGAUGGCAAGGCUGGAACAAGCGGGUGGACUAUGAGCCCGGGACCGGCAGCAAGCCCCUGUUUCCCAAGAUGCACUUAGAAACAUGCGGCGAGCCUUUGUCUGGCAUAAAAGUGAUGGUGGCGCUGCAGACCAGUCACAUUGGGAAGGGGUGUGACCGGGAGACGUACUCUGAAAAGUCCUUGCAAAAACUCUGUGGUGCAGCAUCAGGGAGCACAGAUCUCCUGCCCGCCCCUAGCCCGGCCACAAACUGGACAGCGUCUCUUGUGACCGACAGUGGGCGUGACAGUGACCUGAUCUAUAAAUUUGAUGGGCAGCAGGCAGCCAAUGUUCCCGACCACGUUGUGCCCCAAAACCUGACCGAUCAGUUCACCAUAGCAACGUGGAUGAAACAUGGGCCCAGUCCAGGACUCAGAGCCGAGAAGGAAACUUUGCUCUGUAACUCUGACAAAACUGAAAUGAACCGCCACCACUAUUCUCUUUACAUUCACAACUGCCGCCUGGUUUUCCUGCUCAGAAGAGAUUUCAGCCAGCUUGAUACUUUCAGACCUGCUGAAUUCCACUGGAAGCUGGAGCAGAUCUGUGACAAAGAGUGGCACUAUUACGUGAUCAAUGUGGAGUUUCCAGCUGUGACUCUCUUUGUGGAUGGAGUGACCUAUGAACCCUACCUGGUGACAGAUGACUGGCCAAUCCACACCUCAAAGAUCGAUACGCAGCUCACAGUGGGCGCCUGUUGGCAAGGUGGUGAGGUAGCGACUCCGCGCUUCACCCAGUAUUUCCAUGGCAGCUUGUCGGGCCUGACAAUCCGCCCGGGCCGCAUUGAAACCCAGAAGGUUAUCUCCUGUUUGCAGGCCUGCAAAGAAGGUCUUGAUAUUAACUCCCUUGAAAGCCUGGCUAAGGACAUCAAGUUCCAUUUUAACCCUGCACAGUCUGUGCUGGUGGUGGAAGGAGAGGAUCUAGACAGCAUCAACACGGCCAUGACCAAGGUCUCCUACAUCAACUCUCGCCAGUUCCCCACACCAGGCCUGCGACGGCUGCACAUCAGCACCACUGUACUGUGUUUCGGGGAGGACGCGUGUCUCUCCAUCCCAGACGUCAGGGCAGUCGUCAUGGUCCAGCCGCCCAGCGAACCGAGAAUCACCAUUACAGGAUCCAAUCGACUCGUCAGGCCUGCCAGUGACCUACGGAGCCCUGUGGGCGUGGCGCCCUUCAAGGAGCUUCAUAUCACCAGCACAGUAAUGAAGGGAGACAGCUUCACUGGAUCCCGCAGGCCAGGUGUGAUGGAGGUGAUGCAUAACUUGGACUAUUGUGAUAUUCUGGUGAUUGGGGAUGAACUGGAUCCCGAGAGAGAGAGCCUACACAUUCAUCACAGCGCUUUGCUGGGGAAACACCUAGACGCCACCAACUCCACCUCUGGAAUAUCAAUAUAUGGUGUGGACUCCAUGGCCCACUACGAGCAGGCACUGCGUCAGGUACGCUACAGGAACUGGCGACCUGCCACCUUGACUGAGAGAAGGUUCAGGCUUACCUGCUCUGAACUGAACGGCCGUUACACCAGCAAUGAGUUCAUCUUGGAGGUCAGUGUUCUUCACCACUCAAAGCCUGUGAAGCAUGUCAAUCAUAUGGCUGCUCAGCCGCAGUACAUGAGACCCGUUCAUCACCCACUCAUGAUACAUGCUCCUAAUUCCCACAUGUCAGGACCAGCCCCUCCAGCAGCCACAGUUGUUAUCGUGGUGUGCAUCGCCGCCCUGGUGGUGAUUGUGGUGAUUGGCGUGUACAGAAUCCACGCUACUCAUCAAGAGAGCUCCAGAGAGGAAGAGGAGGGCGCCAAAGAGCCUGAGGUGGACUGGGACAAGUCUGCACUGACCAUCACUGUAAACCCCAUGGAGAACGUGAAAGGAGCUCAUGCUCUCAGUGAAGAGGCGAGCGGAGAGCAGUGUGGAGAGGAGGAAGAUGAUGAUGCUGAUGCUGAUGAUGUUGAAGAACACGUGGGAGGAAUGGCAAGCGCGGAGUCGGAUAACAGUGACGAGGAGGAGGGGGAGGAGGAGGAGGAGGAGGAAGAGGGGGAGAUGGAAACGGCAAAGGAGCGGAAGCUUAAGUGGGACAGUUCAUUCAUAACAUACUGACCACACACACGCUGAUAAAAAAAAAUACACCUGCACAUAAACACACUCUCAAUAUCCAUUCUCUGCUCUCUCUUUCUCUUUCUACACACUCACGCGGAAAAAAAGAAAACACCCACUUACAUCCCUGACUUCAUUUCCAAGCAAACAUGUCCCCCUGCUGGACAAGUCAGUAACUGCAGCCCGACUGCUCCCAUCAUAUGAUCAACAAUCAUGACCCAGCAUGGUGUUACAGUUCAUAGUGCUUCUUUUUCACCCGAUGUUUGAUAUCUGCAAUGAAACACCUUUAUUUCAGAUUACUUUUGUAUGCUUUAUUUUUUAAGAUUGGUGUUGAAAGACAAUGAAAUGAACAGUGACAUGUAUGCAUAUGUAAAUGACUCGAUUUAACAACGCACAUAUUCUUAAAAGAGUAUCCUGUUUUAGUCUGUUUCAUUCAACAUGGCCUGUGAGGAAGUAAGGAGCUAACGUUGGCUUUUAGAGUAGCUUGUAACACAGUUGUCAAAUUAGUGUGUCCUAGUUUUCAUUUUUAGCUGAAACCUUGACACCCUUUGUGUACGUAAUCUAUCUCUACACUCCCCCUCAAAAAACAACCCUCUGCAUGACUACUGGUAAAGAGGGGCAUAUUUUUGUUGUGGUACACGAAAUCCCGAUUUGCAAAGAGGACAAAACCGGACGUACUUUGCAGGGUUGUUAUCUUUUACGAGGAAAUGUUCGCCAUUAGUCCAUGGAAUACAAGCCCAGUGAUAAAUAAUGAGUCAAAACGAAAUAUAUCACUUUAGGAUUGGCAUCUUUUCCUUCACUUUCUUCACCUCACCUCUAUGAAAAGCAACGUUUCCCUGUACAAUAAGAUGAAUAUAUGAAACAAGAAACCCCUCAUUAAUGACAUAAGACAUUAUCGUACCGUAAUGAUCCGCUGACUGAGUAGUUCUCGUUAACUCCUGGUUGUGAUGUCAUCAUCGUGAGACGGUCCACUUGUCCAUAGUUAUUUGUCAUGUUGUGUGCUUCUGACAGGGCAAAUACCUCUUUUACAUUGAAACAGGAAAUCUACCUUGUGAGGAAGGAGUUCAAGACAGUUGUUUUAUAUAUUUGUUUCCUUUUUUCUUAUUUCUAAACAAAUGGUCUCCCUCUGUAGUGGUCAUCCCACUGCCUUGUGUAUAUUGACCAAUAAAGACUUUAGACUCUA